UUCCUCUUUCCUCCUCCCCCGCUCGGUUGUUCUGUUCCACCGCAUUCCUCCCGAUUCACUUCAUCUCCUUCCUCAAACCCAUUUCUACAUAAUCUUCGGUCAAAAAGAACAAGAAAGAGGAAAGGUCUUUGAUUGUUUCGACUGACAUGCAAAUCAUGAGAAGAUCGUUCGAUCUGUAGAAGGAGCUACAUGUUGAUUCCCUGAUUACAUAAAAUGAGUUUCGAUAUCUUGCCACUCAGCAACGGAAGGAAGCCCUUCUUUAGACCAUGGAAAGAGAAGGUCACCAUCGACGGCGAUAGCCAUCGCAAGGCGCAUCGCAUCCAUGAGAGCGAAAUCCGCACCAAUUAUUUUCCUCUUAUUUUCUUAACCCUCUCUUGAAUAUUUUCACUUCAAUAUUUUUUCUUUAAAAAAAGUAUUCAAGUUUUAAUUAUUGUGGUUUAAACACUUUCAUGAUUUUUUUUUAUUUCUAUUUAUGGUCAUGAAUCGUUUACGACCACUUCUUACUUCCUUUCUAUUUAUAGCAUGGCCACGCUACAAUUCAUCCCCACCUUAUUUUUUACCAUUUAUAGAUCUCCGAAAUAACCCUUCCUUUCUCACCGUGAUCAAGACCUCAACGGCCCACCACGAUCCGAGAAGCGGCCACCGCCAUUCCCACCGAGGAAGCCACCGUCUCCGACGGCCCAAUGAACGCCGCCCCUGAACUCGACAAGGACUUCGACACCGCCCCGAUCGAAGAGAAGCUGAGCGUGGAUCAAUCGGAGUGGCCCAAGAUCUGCAUCUCCCUCUCCCGGAAGGAGAAGGAAGACGACUUCCUCGCCAUGAGAGGCAGCAAGCUUCCCCAGAGGCCCAAAAAGAGAGCCAAGUGCAUCGACAAGUCUCUCCAAUACUGUUUCCCUGGAAUGUGGUUGUCAGAUUUGUCGAGAGGAAGAUAUGACGUUAGGGAGAAAAGGUGCAACAAGAAGAGGCGUUUGGGAUUGAAGGGGAUGGAAAGCCUCGAGAGCGAUUCCGAGUGAUCUUGGUGUUGCUUUCUCUGUUAUUAUUAUUGCCAUUUUAUUUUAGUUUUUCUCAAUUGUGGGAGGAAUUUGUUUAUACUUAUAUAUUUUCCUUGCUAUCAAGUUCGAAUUCUUGUUUUAGUGAGGAAAAUUAUACUCUUUUUGAUUACCUCUGAUGCUGGAAGCUGUAUAUUUUGUAUGAUUUUUUUUUUAAUUUCAUUGAUUCAA